CGUCAUUGACGCUGAGCGCUGUCAGGAAUCUUUGCUGUGGUUCAGUCAAGCCCAGGUGUGAGCUUUUGAUGAACAGCCAGGUCAUGUCAUUAAAGAUGGAGAUGGACGUCAGUGGAGUGUCCAGGACACCCGUAUCCAUUCUACCUGCCGCUGAGGUCAAAACCACCUUAAAACCUGAGGCCGACAAGCCCCGCUGCUCCAGCACUCCCUGCUCCCCCAUUAAAAGUACUGUCUCAGGAUACCAAAUCCUUCACAUCAAUUCAAACUAUAUGGUGGGUUUCACUACUGGUGAGGAGCUUCUUAAAUUAGCCCACAAGUGGUCUAGUCCAGAGAACAGCCACACAGAGGCCUUGUCCAGCCCCGUGAAAAAGCCUGUGGAUUUAGGUCUCCACAGGACCUCUCGGAUUUACAAAGCCAAAAGCCGCUACUACCAACCGUAUGACAUCCCAGCAAUCAACGGGCGCAGGAGACGACGCAUGCCGAGUUCAGGUGAGAGCUGCUUGAAAUCCAUGGUGGCCGGGGAGUCCAGCAAGGCUUUACGUGGUCCCCUUCCCGUCUGCCUUUUGAAGAGCAAGCGGAUGCAUUCAAAGUCUCUGGACUACCUCAACCUGGACAAGAUGAGUCUCAGGGAGCCAGCGGACACGGAGGUGCUGCAGUACCAGCUUCAGCACCUCACCCUGAGGGGCGAGCGCAUGUUCACUCGCAAUAAGACAUGAAUGAUUGGAUGCUCCUUCAAAACUCCCAGCCAGAAGGCCUGCUGUCCGGCUGUGCAAUUUAGGGCCUUAAUUACUUUUUUUUUGAUUGGAGACAAAGUCUCCCAUUCAUUUUGUUUCUUAACCCAAAACAUGAUCAUGCCAAACACAACAGCACACAGGUUUGAAACAGAAUGAGGGUGGGCAGGGUUUUUAACCUAUGAACUAAAAGUGAGGGGAUACAUUGAGUGAUGACGUUUUUCUGAGACUAGCAAUAAGUAGUGUGGAGGAUUGCUGCUGUUUGUGUGUGCGUGUGUGUGCAGAGAACUUAAAUCUUUGGAUAUUUUCUGUAAAACAUGGAAUUACUGCAAACAUGUCGACUUUUGGUCAUACAAUUCAAAACAUUUUCACUCCUCACCAUCAGCACAGACUUCAGAGCAGUUAUUCUGCUGAUAUUAGCUAUGUGGAUUAUCCUUAUGAUCUUUAUUUACCUAAAACACGGACUGUUAUAGAGUCUUGAUGUUUUUUUAUUAAACAGACUGAUUGGAUUUGUUCUGGACUCGUCGGCACUAACAUAAUCUUUACUCCAAUAUUCUACAGUAGUGAAUCAUUUUAAGUCAAGGUUUGUACACUAAAAAUAUAUACAGUUGUGUGGUAAUUUUUUUAUUUACGUGUUUAUUGUUUUAUAUGGUUUCUGUUUUUUUUUAUAUAUUUGUAUGUUGUGUUCAAUGUAUAACUACCCAUCCAUGGUGCAUUUAGUAGGUAACAUUGCUAUAAAAACCAAAGUCUUUUUGUGUCCUGGGGGAAACUUGAUAGAUGAUGUAAUUUUUGAACAGCAGACAAUCAUUUACAACUUUGGGUUAUGUGAUAUUCCUCAUUUUGACAACAAUGUUUUUUGUGUCACCUCAUUCACUUUCUGGUUAUUUUAUCGCUUCAUCAUCAUGGAAGUUCAAUUCCAAACAUUACUGUGUGGAGCCAUAUGACUGUCUUUAAGACUUUUGUUAGUAUUGCAAAUGUUUUUUUAUAUAUACUUUUAAAAAAUAUACACUUUUCAUUUCAGCUUCCUCUCAGAUUGACCUAAAAUGCUAUGUUUUUUUUUAAUGUAGCCUACUACUAUUUCUGUUUUGUUUGCUUCCCUUUAAAAUUUGAUUUACACCGGAUGCGACCGACUUGACACUACACACAGCUUGUUCUAAUGGGAUUGCCGCGCCACAUCCAGUGUGGAAAAUUUAAAAAUUAUAAUGUGUUCUUUUGUCGCGCCGUGUCUGGUGUAGACCCUGUUAGAAUUUUCUAGCACGGUGUCUACACCAGACGCGUCAGGCGCGAUGCGACAUGACAACCUGCUUGUUCUUAAUGGGUUUGUCGCGUCGUGCCGCGCCUCAUCCAGUGUGGACAAAAUUAUUAUCUAUUAUCUAAUGUAUUUUGUCUUGUCGCAUCGCGCCGGUCGCGUCCGGUGUAGACACGGUGUAAGAAGCACCUUUGUUUAUGUUGAAUGAUGUUCACUGUAUGUGUAUCUGUAAUCAUAACAGUUUCAUUUGUAACAUUGUUUUACCUUUUGAUGUGUUAUUAAGCCGAAUUAACUUUAUUGUAUUAGAUUGUCUUAAGGUUUUUGCUAAUGUCAUGGUUUUGAUUUUAAUGUGAUUUGCUAUGAAUCUGUUAAAUAAUCAUAGUGAUAUAACACUACUGGAACACUAUUUAUCAUUAAUCCUCACAGCAUUAAAUAUACACUGUUUUAACAUGAUGUGAAUGGGAAAUCAAGCUAUACUGUAUCUCUCUUGUCUUUAUACAAUGUUUAAAAUAAAUAUUCCAGUCAUACUAGACGGAAAAUAUUGUUUCACAAACAUUAAGGAAUAUUAAUGAGUGGUCGUGAAAGCUGCUUAGCUGUUAUCCAAUUGUAUUGUGUUUCUUAAUCUAUUUUUUAGCUUUUAUGUGUUGGGUAAAAAGCUCAAAUCAUUUUAGCUGAAGUUUCUCAGUCAUACUCUGUAUCACAUAUACACACAUAGUGCCAAUAGGUAAACUGACUGAUUUCAACGAGGUACUGUAUUGCAUUACCAUGUAAGGGUAUCAUUCAAAUAAACAACAGGCA